UCCCUUCUGUACCAUCCUGCUGACAACAUUGGAGAGGAAAGAUGGCGGCGCCCACAGCAGUAGACAAAACUAUGAGCAAAAUGACUGACAAUUUUGUAUACCCCGUUUAUACAACUAACCAAGGUAGCGAAUUAGAGUCGGGAGAGCUUCAGGAUUUUGUGGUGGAUUUCCUGGAGAAGGAGAUAGGCAGCGACCUGAAAUCCCUGAAGAAUGUUGGCAAACUGCUGGAAGAGCUGAGAGAGGAAAACAGCGUCCUGGAGGAACAGGUUCUGAGUGUGUCCAGUUCUGUGCCCCCUAAAGUGUCUUCAGCUCUGUCUGCUGCUGAGGAGGCUAGAUGUUCCAUGGAGGACCUGCAGCAGAGAGAGCGACUUAUCUCGAACAAGCUGCACCAGCACCUGCAGGGGGCCCAGCCUUGGAUGGAUAAUCUUAGCCAAACGCUUAACCAAGUCGACACCAUAGAGAGACACAUGAAAUACCUAUGCUGCCUUCAACACAUAGAGGAACUCAGUGCUGCAGUCCAGCAGUGUCUGAUGACCAGCAGUGUCUGGGAGGCCAUAAGGGCAGUGGACAGCAUGGCUGCGCUGGAUGCUGGACUAAACCAGUCCGGAUGUACUCACCUCCAGAACUUCCUCAGAGAAACACUUCACUUCUGGCACAAGAUUAUCAAAGACAGACUGGCCAGUGAUUUUGAGAAAGUAUUGACUCAGCUCCAUUGGCCGAUCAUCUCCCCUCCUACUCAGUCACUUACACCCACUGCCAAUUGUCAGGAGAUCAGCAGCCAGCUGGAGUUGCUUGUCACACAGCUACUCGCCCUGCAGACCUCUGAUGACCUCAUAUCUCAGAGGGCUUUGCCCUCUACUCAGGGUGCACCCUCCACCCAGCCUGUCUCUUCAGCUACACCCGCAUCCCAAGGUCCUCCAAUCUGUCUGCCCAUCCAGAUCAUGCUGCAGCCGCUCAGCAAAAGAUUCAGAUACCACUUCUAUGGGAACCGACAGACAAACUCCCUCAGCAAGCCCGAGUGGUACCUCACACAGGUCCUGAUGUGGAUGGGGAACAGCUCGACCUUCAUGGAGGAAAAGAUCCAGCCUAUCCUUGAGCGAGCUGGGGCCACCAUCAGUGCCAGGGUGGAGCUAUGUCGAGGCUUGUUGUCUUUAGUCCAGGAGAAAGUGGCCAGCGACGCCUCUCGGCUGCUGUAUGACGAUGGGCUCUUCUGUCACCUGGUGGAGGAGGUGCUGCAGUUUGAGAAGGAGCUGCGAACAAACCAGUCGUACCCAGCAGUGCUGCCUGGUCUGCUUCACCUCCUGCUUGAGGACUCCAUACUUCAGAAGUGGCUUACUGUGGAAAGGAAGAUGGCAGUGGAGAAGAUGGAUGCCAUGCUGUCGGCUGAGGGAGCGUGGAGCUCUCAGUACAAAGAUAUCAGUGAUAUGGAUGAGCUGAAGGCUCCAGACUGUGCUGAGACUUUCAUGACUCUGCUACAGGUCAUCACUGAGCGGUACCGGGCUUUACCCUGUCCCUCGGCUCAACUGAAGUUUCUAGGGCUACAGAGAGAACUGGUGGAUGAUUUCCGCAUACGACUCACUCAGGUGAUGAAAGAGGAGUCUCGAUGCCCGCUCGGUGCACGUUACUGUGCCAUCCUUAAUGCUGUCAACUACAUUUCCACCAUCCUGGUAGACUGGGGAGACAAUGUGUUUUUCCUCCAGCUUCAGCAGGCAGCGGUUUCACUUGGUGAGGAAGUAGUACUGGGAGACCUUGGGGUGAUGGAGGUGGGCCGUCUGGCUUCUCUGGAGGGCUCUUUAUUCGAAGGCCUGCUGGCAUUGCUGGAUCGACUGAAAGGGGAUAUGAUGGGAAGACUGCUGGAGUGGACCAUGAGAGAAAUCACAGAAAAAGCCAGACCAUAUAGCCAAGACAGGUGGUUGUCCUUACCGUCCCAGCACGACCAGUCCACCAUGUCCCUGUCCAGUUCAGCAUGUCCCAUGAUGCUGUGUGUGAGGGACAGACUGUUGAACCUGCAUCAGGUCCUGAGUCUUUCUCUGUUCCAACUAGCCUGGCAGGGUCUGGCGGAGAGACUUGACAACUUUCUCUACCAGGAUGUGAUCCUAUGCAAUCAUUUCAGUGAUGGCGGGGCAGCUCAGCUUCAGUUCGACAUGACCAGAAACCUAUUUCCUCUGUUUGGUCACUACUGCAAAAGACCUGAGAACUUUUUUAAGCAUGUUAAGGAGGCAUGUAUCAUCUUGUGUCUGAAUGUUGGCUCUGCUAUUCUGCUAAGGAAUCUCCUUAAAGAGUCAGAGGAGGAGACAAAAGAUUUGGCAGGUGCAGGGGAUCCUCCACCCGAGUCUGCGCUGAACGAGUUAGGAGUUUACUGCUUAGCACCCUGUGAUGUGCUGAUUCUCCUUAAGCUCAGAGCCUCCUUGCCUGGACAGUGACAUCGCCCCCGCCCCCCCGGGCAAUAUUUGUUGGUGUGGAGCGUGCAUGAGAUUGAUUACUUGUCAAGUUUUUCUAAUAAAAUUGUAAUCAAUAGCUUUAAUCUUUGUAAACAAGACAGGUAAUAUCAGUUAUGAAAGUUAAGGCGGUUAAGAUGCUGUUUAAUAAGUUGAUACUACCAGAUUGUCAUUGUAUUGCACUAUUUUUGGGGUCACCUCAGUUAACUUAAGUAUUCCACAACAAAGUAUAGACAAUUAUCCUUUGUCUAGACUACAUAAUAAAUCCAGCUUACAUGCAGUGGUCUCAACGGCCCCAUA